AUGAACAAAGAAAUUUCAAAGCUAAAACCAGUUCGUUAUUUUAGAUACGCCACUGGUCUCCGAUCAUUUAAAAUCUACCGUGGAAUGCUCUAUACGCUUUCUUAUCGUGGAUUUGGUCUCUCUAAAAUGAAUAAUUCGCCUACAAUUCAUAAAAUGGAGAAACACGUCUUUACAGACAUGUUUGUGACAGAUGAAUACGUAUACUUCACUACAUCACAUUCUUGUUAUAGUAGCACAAUUGAUUCAUUCAAAUUGGAGCACAUUUGUGGUAUUGAUCAAUUAUCUGUUUAUACUACACAAAGUAACAGAUUAAUAUUGGGUAAUAAAGAUGGAAUUAUGGUAUAUAAUGGAGUCAAACAGGUUCACGACUAUAUAUUUGCAGAUAAAUAUGGCAUAGUAAGUGAUAUUAAAUCACAAGAGGAUGAUAUAUUGAUUGGCACUGAAUCGGGUAAAAUAGUAAGAGUCAGUAUUGAAAACAGAAAAGAAGAUGUCAUAAUCAGCUGUGGGAAAUCAAUCAUCAAAUUUGUAACCUCAGGUGAUCUGAUUUAUGUUCUCACAACUGAUUUAUCUGGUUACGAAAUUAUGAAAAUCACAGCAGAUAAUAAGGUUCUUGGUAGACUCAAACUAUCUGAAUAUCCAUUUGGCAUUGUGGAAUAUAGGAGUGCCAUACUGAUUCAAUUUGAAUACUCGAUUGCUUUCUUUGACGAUAAUUUAGAACCAAUUGGGCAGAAAACCAGUCAUAUUCAAAUCAAACAGAUUUCAAUAGAAAAAGAUGCCUGUUUCAUAGGCUAUUCAUGUGGCCUAAUUGAACAAGUUCUCCUGAAUAAAUAA